CGUAUAAAAUGGCCAACAAUUGCCGAGCUUCGCCCAUAACACUUUGGAUUUCUAACAAGCAAGAAUGGGGCUCACAGCGCUCCUCACACUUUUGCUAUUCGCCAUCGGCCAUGGGGAGUGUUCAUCAGUCGCAACUAAGAAGGACUGGUGGCAGAAUGCACAGUUCUACCAGAUCUACCCGCGCUCCUUCAAGGACUCUGAUGGCGAUGGCAUAGGUGACUUAAACGGAAUCACCAGCAAACUGGAGUAUCUCAAGGAUCUUGGUGUCACAGCAGCCUGGCUGUCCCCCAUCUUUACUUCUCCGAUGGUGGACUUUGGAUACGAUAUAUCUGACUUCUUCGACAUUCAGCCGGAAUACGGUACCCUCGACGACUUUAGGGCCUUGAUCAAACGAGCCAAAGAGUUGGACCUGAAAAUCAUUCUGGACUUUGUGCCCAACCACUCGAGCAAUGAGAGUAUUUGGUUCAAGAAGUCGGUGGCUCGCGAGAAGGGCUACGAGGACUACUAUGUGUGGCACGACGGAAAGGUAAAUGCAACUACUGGUGAGAGGGAGCCGCCAACCAACUGGCUGCAGUACUUCCGUGGCAGUGCUUGGGAGUGGAACGAGGUGCGGCAGCAGUACUACCUCCAUCAGUUCGCCGUUCAGCAACCUGACCUCAACUACCGGAACCCCGCAGUGGUGGAGCAGAUGAAGCGGGUUCUACGCUACUGGCUGAAGGAGGGAGUGUCCGGAUUCAGAUGCGAUGCCCUGCCGCCGCUUUUCGAGGUCCUGCCAGAUGCCGAGGGACAGUAUCCCGACGAAGUCGUAAGCGGGGCCACAGAGGACGUAGACGAUCGCAACUACCUGACCGUGAAAUACAUUGAGAAUCAACCGGAGACUAUCGAUAUGGUCUAUCAGUGGCGCACUGUGCUGGACGAUUAUCAGCGCAUUCACGGCGGCAACUCAAGUGUUCUGCUGAUAGAGACGUACUCCCCCGCCUGGUUCACCAUGCAGUUCUACGGCAAUCGGAGCAGGGAGGGAGCCCACCUGCCCUUCAACUUCAAUCUGAUCACUGUGAUGGAGGAGAAGGGUCUGAGUGCCGCCAACGUCAAGGAGGCAAUCGAUUUGUGGCUUAAUAAUAUGCCGGCGGGUCGUACGCCCAAUUGGGUGCUAGGUAACCACGACAAACGCAGGGCUGCCAGUCGGUAUGGCAAGGAGUACAUCGAUGCCAUAAACAUGCUGGUGAUGAUCCUGCCGGGCGUGAGUGUCACCUACCAGGGUGAGGAGAUCGGCAUGACCGACGGCGAGAUCAGCUGGGAGGACACAGUCGAUCCGUGGGGCUGCAACUCGAACCCUGAAAUCUAUGAGCAGUACACGAGGGAUCCGGAGCGGACUCCAUUCCAAUGGACUUCGGGUGCGAAUGCCGGCUUUACCAAUGGAUCUACCACGUGGCUACCACUGGCGGCUGACUACAAGACGGUGAACGUGGAAACAGAGUUGGUGGCAGAGGAAUCUCAUUUGAAGAUUUACAAGGAACUGGUGGCCCUACGAAAAUCAUCCAAGACCCUACAGGACGGAUCUACCAGGUAUUGGGUUAUAGCGGAGGAUAUCUUUGUGGUUCAAAGGAGGUAUGGCGAUGAAGCCAAAUAUGUUCUGGCUAUAAACUUUGGCUCGGCUGCAGGAAGCGUGUACUUGCCUGAUCUAGACGCAGAUCGUUCCGCUUAUAAACUGCUUAUUAAGAGUCUGGGAUCGGAUAAUACCUUGGGUGUGUGGUAUGGGAACCUUACUCUACAGCCCGCCGAGGCCACGGUUCUUACUUCCAAAUAUUAUAUAUAUCCGUAAACACUUAAUUUGGAAUUCCUUGAUAUUCAUCUUUAUUCGUAAAUAUACAUAUAUGCUGCCAAAUAA